AUGACGACGACGACGAGGAUUCAGACGAGGAUUUUUUUCGGCGCAGGAUGCGGUUUGAGUACUCUCAGUAAAAGAAGAAGAACGAGCGCUUCGAUGAUUAAGAAAAGGAGCAGCGCCGUCAACAACAACAACGAAAAGAGAUUCUCUUCUUCUUUUGUUCUUCAAGCGACGACGAAAGAAACGAACGACGAGGAGGAAAAAGAAGAAGAAAAGGAGACAGAGGAAAAAAAGAAGACGUUCGAGGAGUUCCUCUCCAUUUCCUCCGCGAUGAAAGCGACGGAAUUGAAAGAAAGUUUGAAACAGUUGCGAGUGCCACAAUCGCCCGGGAAGAAAAUCGACCUGGCGGAGAGAUUGGCCUACGCCAAAGUGGACGAACAAGACGGGAAAGAUCCACUGAAGAUGUAUAAAAUGAGGAAGAAAGAAGAAGAGUCGACGAAAGAGAACGUAGCGCGAGAGUUGAACGAUCGACGGGAGAGGAGGAGAUUGAGAAGCGGGAGGAUGCCGACGACGACGAGGAGGAGGGCGGCGGCGGAGGCGGCGACGACCGAUGCAGGUAUUGAAGACGCGGAGUUUACCGUGGCAAAUUCGGCGAACGUGGAGAAUGUCCUGAAAGAGACGUUUCAAGGGGAGGAGAUGACGGAGCGAAAACGGUCGUACGCGAGAGAUCAUUUGUUGAAUUCGUUCGUAAACGCGUCGACGAGCGAAAAGGCGAAAGGAUCAUCAUCGGGAGGAGAGAGCGACGCUUCGGCUUCCAGUGAUGAAGCGAUGUGGUACACGAUUGAAUGCUCAGAAAUGCGAGAAAACGCGGCGAUGGCAAAUUGCUUGAACGUUUCUGGAGUGGUGGACGUGUGGUGUCCGCGAAAACCUCCCCCCGGGUUUGUUUUGGCCGAAGAAGAGACGCACGGGAGAACGGAUUUAGAAAUUCGACAAUUGAUUGUUGAGGGCGAACCGAUACAGGCUGGGUUCAUCCUCGCGAAAAUUGCAAACAUGUCUCAAGACACUAUUCGAAGUUUAGAGAGCGAGUACUUUGUCCAAGGUUUGGCGACGGGUGGGACGACGAGUUUCGGGAAACGACAGGCGACGCGACGCGAAAUCGCCGAGCCGAUUGACCCCGGGUUGUUUGAAAGUUUAAUCCGAGCUUCGGCGCCGACGAUUGUGUCCAGAGUUGAAUACGACGCGAAAAUUAAAGAAUUGAUGAGCGAGAUGGAUUUGUCCAAGAGAGAGGAAGAAGAGACAAACAUUUAUGGCGUGAAGAUGAAGAAACGCACGGAACGGGUCGCAGAGUUGAGAGCGGAGAAUCCAACCGAAGAAGAAGAAGAAAAGAAAGCGAAGAAAAAGACGUACGAUUUAGAAAUAUUUAACGGACCGUUCAAAGGGUUUCACGGAAAUGUCGUCGAACGGUUAGAAGACGGCGUGGUUCGCGCCGAGGUCGUCAUCUUCGGAAAAACAAACACGGUCACGCUGGAAUCGUCCGAGUAUCGAGAAACGUCUAAACCCCCGUCGAAAUGA